AUGUUUCGAGUGGUUGGCAGACCAUUAGUGGAACUAUUGAUCAACAAGGGAAUGUCUUCGGGCAAGAAACAGGCCACUUUGGCUCGAUUUUUCAGUGCAGUGCAGAAGGAUGAUACAAAGGAGAAAGUAAAUGGUGAUGUGAAGAUCAUUGAGUCCAGAGAUAAUCAGGAUGAGCCCGUUACGAAGAAGUUCAAGUCAUCUUCACCUGUCAAGUUGCAGACGUCAUCUUUGUCGCCCGUGAAGUCGGCCGGUGUUGAGUCUGGAGAUAAACCAGUCUCUCCCGAUCUUUAUUACUCAAAGGUACCUUACUCGGACGUUUGCAAUGUGUUCCAGGAGAUUGAGGGCACGUCUUCGAGACUCUCAAUUAUUAAGAUCUGCUCAGAAUUUUUCAGUCGCAUCAUGAAGGAUAACCCACAGAACUUGAUCCCAACGACCUACUUGUUCAUCAACCGAUUGGGUCCCGAUUAUGAGCCAGGACUGGAACUGGGACUGGGAGAAGGUCUGUUGAUGAAGACUAUCAGUGAAGCUUGUGGCAAAUCCCUCGUGCAGGUUAAAAAUCGGUAUAGAGAGAUGGGUGACUUGGGUCAAAUCGCGCUUGAAGCAAGAAACGUUCAACCUACGAUGUUUAAGCCCAAGCCGUUGACUGUGGGUGAAGUGUUCGAAAAUUUAAGAGCAAUUGCCCAUUCACAAGGGAAGGAUUCGCAGACUAGAAAGAUUAAGCUGAUCAAGAGAAUGCUCACCGCGUGUGAAGGUGUCGAAGCCAAGUUUCUGAUAAGAUCUCUAGAGUCGAAAUUGAGAAUUGGUUUAGCCGAGAAAACAGUAUUGAUCUCACUCUCGAAAGCUUUGCUGACCAACGAGGGUGAAACUGGUAAGGAGCCAUCGAUGGAACUUGUUGAACAGGCAGAGGCAAAGAUUAGGGACGCAUUUUGUCAAGUGCCAAACUAUGAGAUUGUUAUCAACGCAUGUCUAGAUUACGGAAUAAUGGAGUUGGACAAGCAUUGCCGAUUGAGGCCCGGUAUUCCCUUGAAACCGAUGCUUGCCAAGCCAACUAAGUCUAUCACCGAAGUACUUGACAGAUUCCAGGGCCAAACCUUUACAUCAGAGUACAAAUAUGAUGGUGAAAGAGCGCAAGUACAUCUACUUGAAGAUGGAACAAUGAGAAUUUACUCACGUAAUGGUGAAAACAUGACUGAAAGGUACCCCGAAAUCAGUAUCAGAGAUUUCGUCGCAGACCUUGAGCACACAAAGACAUUGAUUUUGGAUUGUGAAGCAGUAGCCUGGGACAAGGUACAACAAAAGAUCCUACCAUUCCAAGUCCUCAGUACAAGAAAGCGUAAGGAUGUUGAAGCCAAGGAUGUCAAAGUCAGAGUGUGUCUCUUUGCAUUCGAUAUCAUAUGUCACAAUGGUGAAAGACAGAUCAACAAGUCUCUAAGAGAGAGAAGAGAAUUACUAGCGCAAGUGACUAAACCAGUUGCUGGCGAAUUUCAAUACGCUGUUGAGUUGACCACCUCUUCGGUGGAAGAACUACAAAAAUUUCUCGACCAAUCAGUCAAGGACUCUUGCGAAGGUCUCAUGGUCAAGAUGCUCGACGGUCCAGAGUCCCACUACGAACCCAGCAAACGAUCUCGUAAUUGGCUAAAGCUAAAGAAAGACUACCUCGACGGAGUAGGCGACUCACUCGAUUUGUGUGUCCUAGGAGCCUACUACGGCCGUGGUAAGCGUACAGGUACCUACGGUGGGUUUUUACUUGGCUGCUACAACCAAGAUUCCGGUGAAUUCGAAACCUGCUGUAAAAUCGGUACAGGUUUCUCCGACGAAAUGCUCCAGCAACUCUACGAAAGGUUCAGCAAAACUACGCUCGACGGACCCAAAGCUACCUACGUCUUCGACAGCAGUGCAGAACCAGACGUGUGGUUCGAGCCCACUACUCUGUUCGAAGUGCUCACAGCUGAUCUCUCACUAUCCCCCGUCUAUAAGGCAGGUGCUUCCACUUACGAUAAAGGAGUGUCUCUACGCUUCCCGAGGUUCGUUCGUCUGAGAGAUGACAAGUCUGUCGAAGAUGCCACUUCCUCUGCCCAGAUUGUCGAGCUGUACCAGGAUCAGAGCCAUGUUGCUUAA